UGUGGGAGCGGGCGGGAAGCGACGGUGGGAGCGGGCAGGAGAGGGGCCGGGGACCCGCCAUGUGAGACACCCUGACAGCCCCAGAUUCCUCUUUACAUCAGUAGAAAUGGACAGCAGCAGUUUCAUUCAGUUUGAUGUGCCUGAGUACAGCAACACUGUUCUGAGCCAGUUAAAUGAACUCCGCUUGCAAGGAAAGCUGUGUGACAUAAUUGUGCAUAUUCAGGGUCAGCCAUUUCGAGCCCAUAAAGCUGUCUUAGCGGCCAGUUCGCCAUAUUUUCGUGACCAUUCAGCAUUAAGCACCAUGAGUGGCUUAUCAAUAUCAGUUAUUAAAAAUCCCAAUGUUUUUGAACAGUUGCUUUCAUUCUGUUACACUGGAAGGAUGUCCUUACAACUGAAGGAUGUUGUUAGUUUUCUAACUGCAGCUAGCUUUCUACAGAUGCAGUGUGUCAUUGAUAAAUGCACACAGAUACUGGAGAGUAUUCAUUCAAAGAUUAAUGUUGGUGAUGUUGACUCUGUUACUGUCGGUGCUGAAGAAAAUUCGGAAAAUCGCAAUGGAGUUAAAGACAGCAGCUACUUUGCCAACCCUAUUGAGAUAUCUCCCCCCUAUUGCUCUCAGGUGCGACAGUCAACAACAAGCAGUGAUCUUAGGAUGGAAGCUACUCCAGGUAAAAGUCUACGUAGUCGACUGCAAGAAGAAGGGCAUUCAGAUCGAGGAAGCAGUGGGAGUAUCUCUGAAUAUGAGAUUCAAAUUGAGGGUGAUCAUGAGCAAGGAGACUUGAUAGUAAGAGAAAGUCAGAUUGCAGAGGUGAAAGUUAAAAUGGAAAAGUCUGACAGGCCAAGUUGUUCUGAUAGCUCUUCCCUUGGUGAUGAUGGAUAUCAUACUGAAAUGGUGGAUGGAGAGCAAGUAGUAGCAGUGAAUGUUGGCUCCUAUGGGUCUGUUCUACAACAUGUUUAUUCAUUUACCCAUGCCUCAUCACAGGCUACGGGUGUGUCUGAAACUUUUGGAAACCUUAGCAAUUCAAGUCCUUCAAGGUCAAUGCUGAGCUGUUUCAGAGGGGGUCGUGCACGCCAAAAGCGGAUAUCCACUGGUCAUUUACACAGUGAUGUUCAAGGCUUGCUGCAAGGGACUGAUGGUGAUUCCAUGGUGAGUAAUACAGGAUAUGAAAAUAAUCCACGGGAAAGAAAUGCAAGAAGUCACUGGUAUCCAUACAAUGAGAGGCUGAUUUGUAUUUACUGCGGGAAGUCUUUCAACCAGAAAGGGAGCCUUGAUCGACACAUGCGGUUGCAUAUGGGAAUAACUCCUUUUGUGUGCAAAUUCUGUGGGAAGAAAUAUACCCGCAAGGACCAACUUGAGUAUCAUAUUCGCGGUCACACAGAUGAUAAGCCCUUCCGCUGUGAGAUCUGUGGCAAAUGUUUUCCUUUCCAGGGUACACUAAACCAGCACUUGCGAAAAAAUCACCCUGGGGUAACAGAAGUGAGAAACAGGAUGGAGUCUCCAGACAGAACAGAAGCAUUUGUGGAGCAGAAAGUAGAUAAUGAUGCUUCAGCUUCUGAAGCCAUGGAUUCUAGUAUGGAAGUUCAUGCAAUGUCUAACACAUCAGAUUAAAAUAUUACACUGUAAAGUGCAAAACAAACAAGCACAUUAAUGAUGUAUUUUAAAAAUCUCUUAUUCUUUUAGUAGUCUUCAUUACAAGUAUAAGAGCCUUUUAAUUUUCCUGACCUUCUGGAACUUUUUUUGAAAUUGUUUCUGGAAAAGACUACAUAAAUAUUCUUUGUUUCUAUAGGAGGCUGGGUUGAUGGGUUUUUUUCCACUUUUGAAAAUGCUUAAAAUAUAAAAGACUGUGCUAGGGAACAGAUGGGAAGAGUCUGAUAAAGUGUCCCUGCUGGUUGAUCUGGUAAGACACAAAUUCCAGUGGAGAAAGAUAUUAGAAUAUGAUUUACCUCUCUGCUGGGUACACAAAGAAGCUGUAGUCUUUAUUUUAUUUUAUUUUACUUAAUUUCAUAAAUCCUAUUGCUGAUAAUGAGGGUUACAUAGCAGUGGGGAAAGAGAAUAUUACAUAUUUGAUUUCUUCAUUUGUACCAUUGAAUUUUUUUUUUCUCUCUAACUGUCUGUUUAUAUAUAUAAAUCUGCUUUAUAUAUAUAAAAUGCUUUCACUUUUCCUAUUCUGGUUAAAGUGAAUGUAAAAAAUAUGUGAAGGUUUAUAUCAUGUACCAUUCUUUCAACUGCUAGAUCUCCUCUGUUGAGGAUUUAGGACUUCAGAUUUUGGGAGAAUCUUUUUGGUUUUAGAAGAAUUUUGGUUUUCCUUUUAUUAAACUAUUACUUUGUGUGCAAAUGAGAGCGAAGAGUAUUACCUUGUUUUAAUAGCUUUGCUCUGUAACAUUUGUAAACCAAAUGCCAUAAAUCUAUUAAAUUAUGGUUAAAUUGUUUAGGGGUUUUGUUAGUUGUCUAGAACAUGAACUGGACAACCUGUGGUGCUGACCUUUUUAUAUAUAUAGAGAUAGAUAUAUAUCUAUAUA